AUGGGUGUCAUUUCCGCGGUCGCGGCUUUGGCUUCGGUCAACGAGAACUUCAUUCUAUCUAUCCUACUAUUCCUCCCAGUCGCCUUGAUCGUGCGGAGUAUAUAUCGCCUGUAUUUCGACCCACUCCAUCACAUACCUGGCCCUAAGCUAGCCGCAAUCUCUCAUGUCUAUGAGUUCUAUUACGAUGUCAUCCGGGGCGGCAUGUUCAUCUGGGAAAUUGAAAGGAUGCACCAAGAAUAUGGUCCGAUUGUACGGAUCAAUCCCCGUGAAGUCCACAUAAAAGAUCCGUAUUUUUAUGACGAGCUCUACGCUCCAGCCCAGGGGGGCCGCGACAAGGAUCCCAAGUCUGUUGAGAUAUUCAGUUCCCCCACUGCGUUGGUUGCAACAGUUGACCAUCAAACGCAUCGCAUGCGCCGGAAAUUACUCACGAACUUCUUUUCAAGGCGAUCAAUCGAGAAGAUCGAGCCUGUUAUUCACGAGUCGCUUUCGACAUUCUUGGAUGGCCUUAUGAGGGCCUACAAGGAAGGCUCUGUAGUAGAGCUCAUCGACAGACUCCAAGGGUUGACCGGCGACGUCAUCACACAAUAUGCGUAUGGAGAGAGCUAUGGGCUCCAGGACCCCAAGAACUUCGGAAAGGGCAUUGUAAAGGUUGUUCAGGAAGGUACGGAGGAAAUCCACCUGCACAGGUUUUUCCCUAUCAUCCAGCGUUCUUUGCGAUUAGUGCCCUCGGUCUUCAUGACCCGGAUCUUUCCAGCCCGGGCAGCAAUGUACGACCUGUUGGGUGGGGUAAGAAAUAAAUCAAUAGAGGUGCUUCAGCAGAAGGACACGUCCAACCCUCCUGAGAGGAUGACCAUGUUUCAUGCUCUUACAGCUCCCGAGGUCCCCCCUGAGGAACGGACGUUGAACCGCCUUGAGGAUGAGGGACUGGUUCUGUUUGCCGCUGGUACCGAGACCACAGCGACCACCUUGGGAGUGGCUCUAUUCUACAUUCUUAAUGAUCCAACGGUCCUUACAAAACUCCGCGGAGAGGUUGACCAAGUCAUGCCCACUCCGCAAAGCCUGGCAACGUGGCGCCAACUUGAAAAGCUGCCGUAUUUGAACGGGGUUAUUCAUGAAGCCCUACGGUUUUCUGGCCUAGCUAUGCGGCAACAGAGAGUUUCGCCGACGGAGGUAAUGAAAUACAAGGAUUAUGCCAUUCCACCUGGGACUCCCGUUAGUAUGCUCCAAUACUUCUUGCAUACAGAUCCAGAACUCUUUUCCGAUCCCAAGAGAUUUUACCCUGAGCGUUGGAUGCUCGCGGCUGAGCGGAAUGAGGGGAUUUCAAGAUUCUUGGUGACAUUUGGCAAAGGCACCCGAUCCUGUAUAGGAAUGAACCUGGCCUAUGCAGAAUUACAUACUGUCCUAGCCGCCAUUGUCCGUCGAUUCGACUUGGAGCUGUACGAGACGACUGCGGAGGAUAUCCGUUUUAUGCGAGACAAACUGCUUCCACGGGCCAAGGACGGCCCUUGGAGAAUCCGAGUGAAGGUUGUUGGUGUCCGUGAAGAAUAA